AUGGUAAAAGAGCAAGAGCUUGAAAGCUUAAGUUCAUUGGGACCCAAAACGGCCACCUUGUUCCUCUCAUGGAAGACAAUGGAGAAGGCUAGAGGCAAUUGCGAAGCAAGAAACACUGGAAAAUCGGUGCUGAAGAGAAAGUUAUACCAUAUGAACAGUCUUGGACGUGAACAUGGGGAGUCACACCUCCUGGUUCUUCAGUACCUGUUAGAUGAUGUCUCUGAGUUUCUAUCAACUAAAUUAGUUGAGGUAAAAGGGGAAAGGGACAUACCAGAAGAUAAGGGCUGCAUUUUUGUUUUAAAAGCAUUCAUUGAUUAUUUAUUUGAGCGUGAGAGAGAAAAUUUCCGAGCUCGGAGGAGGGACAAUGAUAACUCUGUGACACUGACUACCAUUCAUCAGGCAAAAGGUUUAGAGUGGGAUGUUGUCUUCAUAGUUAAGGCAAAUGACUCUGAGAUCCCUCUAUUACAUGAUUUCAAGGGUACUGUAAAGGACACUGCAGCCUUGGUUGAGGAAGAAAGACGCUUAUUAUAUGUUGCAAUGACUCGUGCUCGACAGAAGCUUUUUAUUCUUUAUGUUUUGAUGGACUCAAAUUGGCAGGUGCUUCAACCUUCAAGAUUUUUGAAAGAAAUCCCUUGUCAUCUUAUAGAAGUUCAGGGUGAAAUAAAUUUGCAAGAACUACAAAUGAGACGCGAACCUCUUCAAAAGGACACUACCCAUCGUGCCACUGAAUUGUUGAUAAAAGAGAAACAAUCUGAAGAUUCUAGUGAGACUUCCAAUGAAUUUAGUGUUGAGGACAGGUCUAUUGUUUCCCAUUUAUUCCAUCAAUGGGCCAAAAAGAAAGCAUUUCAAGAUCCAAAGAGAUUGCUUGACAAGGUUAGUUUUGUAAUUGAUGAACGCCUCAGACAGAAGGGAAACAAAAACAAGGAAUUGUUGAAUACAUUAAAAAUUUGUUUAAGAUGUGACGAAGCAUUUCAGUAUGCUCAAUAUGUUUUGAGAUGGGAGCAAAUUCCUGUUGACAAACGUGCACAUCUUACGAGAGAAAAACAGGAACAUUUCCUGAAAUUGAAGAUUGAGAAUGCAAUGGGUUCGGCAACACCAACUGUCAAGCAGAUUUCAUAUUUAAAAAAACUGGGUUGCACCAUGACCCCUACAUCCCGCCUCCAUGCGUCUCAUCUUAUUGAACAGUACAAAUCACUGUAA